ACAGCACAUUGUUAUGGUAAGUGAGUCGUAACGCAUUCACUCACCCACUUUUCUGUCUUCUUCUUUCGAUUCUUCUUCUUCUUGUUGUUGACAUGUUGUCAGUACCAAUUCCCAAAUUCCCAAGUUGCUUUUUCCAAUCCUCUCUACUUCAGUCCACUGUUCUUUGCUAGCAUUUUCGACGGCGCCGUUUUAGCCUCCGGUUCUCUCCUUAGCGCCAUAAAAAGCUUUGGCCGCCGUGGAGUUCGCCGUGAGUAGUGAUUGUUAGCUGGGUCGAACGGUGUGAAGGAAUCUUAUCGUUAAGGAUAGCUUAUUCUAUGUCGGACGUGGCACCCAUCGAGGAGGCAGUAAGCGCAUUGUUGGAUUGCUUGGUUGAUCCACUGUUACCUUCGAAGCUAUAUGGAAAGGAUCCUCCUUCACUUGACAAUCAGCAGUCUGUUGCUAGACAGAUGCAUGCUGUUGGGCUACUCUACAACUACUAUCAUAGGAAGCAAGAUCCAGAGUUGUGCUUUUUAGAAUUUGUGCCAUUUUGCAAGUUGGCUUUAACUUUAAAGCCAACUCUAAUGCCUCAUAUGAAGUUUACACUCCAAACCGAUCCUGUUGGGUUGAAUGAUCUGGAAAACCAACUUUCAGUGACAGAGAAAGCAGUCAUGGAUGCCUGCAAUAUCUCAUUGUCUUUAGAUGCACUGAAAGACAUUCCAAGCAUAGAAGGAUGGCCGAUUUCAAAAGUUUCAGUGCUGUUGGUCGACUCAGAAAAGGAGAAUUGCGUGCUGCUAUUUGGUUCUGUUACUAAUGGUGUUUGGUCUGUUAUUGAAAAAUCUGUCGAUGACUUCAACAUAGAUUUGGAAAAUACCUCAGAGGGAAAAAGAAUCAGUCAAACAAUGACAGGUGAACAACUCACAGAGUCAUACUUUGAGCAGCUUGCCUCCAUAGCUGUCAAGGAAGCUACAGGCAUUAAUCACUCUGAUCUCAUGGUUUUGGAGAGGCAUGUGGUGUAUUCUUUAAGUAAAGAAAAGACAGCUGCUUAUUUCUACAUUAUGCAAUGCACAAGUGGUGGAGACAUUCAAAUUCCUAUUAAAGAUACUAUUGAGAGUUUGCAGGGCCCCCUGUUUGAAUGGAUGUCUCAUAGCUGGAUGACUACCACAGUGGUUGAGCAUUAUAACGUGCUUCCUUAUGCCAUGAUUCUGUCAAGCUGGUAUUCAAGGGAAUUUCCCUCAAUUAGCUUGCAGAGAUCCAAUGUGAGCAGCAUUCUGAAAAUUGAGGAGAAUUUUGGUGAAAAAUUUUCUGAAAGAGAGCAAGUUACCUCAAAUGGAUUGCAGAAUAUUAGUGUGGAACAGGGAAAUAUAGAGAUCAAUAGCUAUCUAAUGCUGGAAAAUCCCUGUUAUGCAGAAGUUAACAAUGAGGGGCAGUGCAAUGAUGGGAACUGCAACAGUGCAAAGUACCUUGUUAAUGAGAAAGCUGUUACUGAGAAAUCUAAGACGAUGGAUGAAGAUGCUCAAGAAACAGAACAAUCUGAUAAAUCCUGGGACAUCACUCACCCAACUCUAAAACAGUUGGAGAACCUUGUUAAUGAGAAAGCUGUUACUGAGAAAUCUAAGAUGAUGGAUGAAGAUGCUCAAGAAACAGAACAAUCUGAUAAAUCCUGGGACAUCACUCACCCAACUCUAAAACAGUUGGAGAACCUUGUUAAUGAGAAAGCUGUUACUGAGAAAUCUAAGACGAUGGAUGAAGAUGCUCAAGAAACAGAACAAUCUGAUAAAUCCUGGGACAUCACUCACCCAACUCUAAAACAGUUGGAGAACUGCAUUGAUGCAAAUUGUAGUGGUAAAGACACAAUUAGUGCAGAGAACUCCAAGAGGGCAGAUAAAGAAGUUCAAGAAGCAGAAAAACUGGACGGAAACUGCAAAAAUGCACAAUUUAGAGGUAAUGCGACAGUUGCUACUGACAAAUUUAAGAUGGAGACUGAAGAAGCUCAGGAACUAGAACAAUCAGAUAAAUUCUUGGACAUUAAUCACACAACUGUGAAAGAGUUGGAGAAUUGUAGUGGUGAAGACACAACUGGUACUGACAACUCCAAGAGGGCAGAGACAGAAGUUAAAGAAACAGGAAGCCUUGAUGCAUUAUCGGACAUCAGUCACUCAACUGUGAAAAAGUCAGAAAAUUGUGUUUAUAUAGAUUGUAUAAGUGAAGAGAACAGUGGUAGUGACAAUGCUAAGAGGGUGGAGAAUAAAGUUGAAGGCACUAAAAACUCUGAUACAGGUAAACUCACUCACUCAACUGUCGAAGGGUUGAGAGACUCUAUCAGUGGAAAUUCUAGUGGCAAACAUACAAUUGAUGCAUACAAUAGUAAGGAGAUAAAGAAAGUAAUCAAAGACACAGAAAAGCUUGAUAAAUCUUUGGAUACCAUGAACAAUGAGGAUUCUGAAGAUUCAAAACAGGGUCCUACUAAUGAACUCCAGAUAAGCUGCUUCCUUCCCAGAAAAAGGCAGCAGACGGAUGAUGGUGGAGUUAUAAUGAGAUUUACCAAAAACGGGGACAAGAAUAAGAGUGCAGAUUCACCUAUGCGAGUUUACCAUCACCAGAAAAGGAAGAUUCCUGUAAAGAGUGGUGCAUGUGCUUCUGUAGGUGGAGCUGUCAAUGUGGAGUCAGCUGGUAGCCCAAAAUCAAAUAGAUUUAAUAGUAGAGAAGGAAAGGAUUCUGGAAUUGGCAUCAAUUGGACUCUCCCAUACAAUCUAAAUUGGACUCAAGGGGAAGAUUAUGCACCAGUUUGUCUUGAGCCAAAUGCCAGAAGUGUUGAAACUCAGCAGGCUACACUUGUAACAAAAGACGUAGCACUGGCACAGACUGCUUUGGGACAUUUAUUCAGUAAAAGAGCAAAAAUGUGUCAUCAAGCUCGCCUCAUGCAUGAUGAGAUUGCAGCUUGUGAUCAAAACAUCCAGAAGAUCAUAGAGGGCAAUGAGGAUGCUUUGGCUCUUAUGUUAGAUGCCAUCAUGGAUGGUUGUAAUGAUGCAUGCUUCAAAGAUAAAUAUCAGCAUGAGAGUUAUCAACAUGGUGGCCAUCGUCGCUUAAAUCAACUCAGAACCACAAAGAGGAUAUCAGAUGCCAUCUUUAAUUUGCGGUCUCCUACUCAGGAUUUGAAUGGUAUAUGUGGUGUGAAUGGCUGGAUGGUCAAUUAUUCCGUGUCAGCCCCAGAUGGUGGAUUUUUAGCUAAGGUAACUGUAGAAGGCAUGGAUUUUGAUUCUUCCUGUUUCAGUGAAUUGCUUUCUACUCCUGAAGAAGCUACAGAUUCAGCUGCUGCACUGAUGAUUGCGCAGCUACGAGCAAUGGCAGGCCACACCUAAUAGCCGUUUCAUCAUAGUGAAAUGGUUAUCAAGUUUUAUAUGUAUCUAUCCUAGAUAACUAUUUUAUAUAGGCUUCGGUGCUUCUGGGCUGUCCAAAUUUAGAAUAUCAAAUUUCUCUCUGAAAUUCUGUCCUGUGCAAAACAUUAGACUUUAGGUGUCUUGUUGCUGUGACUAAAUAACCUAUGGUUGUAGGGUAAUCACUAAUCAUUCUAUCAUUUUAUCAAAUCUGACUUAAAUGCAGUUGGGCUUUUCCUA